UCAAGCAGUCAGUAAUUGAAAGUCUAGUUUUAUUUCAGUCCUUCACUUUUCAUUGAGCUGCAAACAACUAAAUCGAAAAUGCCGUUUAGUCAUAAGCCCCCGGAAAUUUCUUUUCCUAUACACAAUUCCCACUUUCACAAAACUAUGGGCAACGUGAAAGUGGCUUGUAUUUUGGCCCUGACUGCUCCUCUUAUAAUGUACACUUUCCGUAACGUGCCACGUAAGAGGAAGUGUAAGACCUUUUAUGCGAACUAUGAUCCUUUGGAUGCUUUCGAUCGCAUGAUGAAUGGCGGCUACUUGGACUCUUGUCCCCCUGGAACCGGGGGCAAGAAGGACAAAGACAAAGACAAGGAUAAAAAGAAGAAGUAAUCAGUUUUAAUUCAUACGCAAUUAU